UUCUAUCCCAUAUGCUCCCAUCGGCCGCUUGCACGAUAUUCGAAACCGACCAAUAAGGACUUAUGUGGGGUUCCUGGAAUCCGCGUUGAACUCAAGGCCCAGCUAGCAGGAAAUAUGUGGUGCCCACACGCGUCAAGAGGGUACGCCUAUAGGAAGAUAAACACCUCGAUCAUAAGGGAGACGGACCGUCAUGUUCUCUGGAGGCUUCCCCUACAAUACAGACUACUCCAAUGCUUGUUGGCCGGAGACACUCGCUGUUGAGAUGCUCCCAGUUGAACCACAGGCUGCUAUUCGAUUUGCGGUUAAAAACUGGCCCAGUCUCAAGCUAACAGUUUGGUAAACAGAUAAAGUAUUCCCGUUCAGUAAGGGGCACACCAAUGGAAGAAGCGACCAGUCCCUUGGCGAUCUUCGAAGUAACGACUAUCUCAAUGCAAUGUAACACCAACGAUGAUCCAGUGGCGACGACUCUCAAAGUCCUGGUCUGCAUACAAAGAACGCAUAAACAAGGCACGGUAUGGUAUGGUUAUGCACAAACGAUUCGAGGCGAAUGGUCAUCGCACACAACAUAUACCGGACAUACUACCGCUCAAAAAUGCUCUGGUGUGCUUGAUGUUCGGCACUUCAUACCGCAACUCCGAGCAUGUAGUACAAUUGUCUCACGUACAACAUAUCUGACUUGUCAGUCGGCGAUCCAACUAGGAGCAUCUGCAGUUGUAUCUGUACAACCACAACCCACCUCGGCGGUUAUUGGAUACCCAUCUUUAGGUCUUCUCCGGACAUAAUGCCGAACCCUAUCCCUGCUGUUUGUCCGAUUCCAGUGGCUUACAUGCAUAUGCUGGAGGUCAUAGAGGGGAGCUGAUGCGAGAAGGUUGUAUAAUGCAAGGAGCAAGCAUGAAGCGCUAUGCAGAUUGUUUAACUGCGUGUUUGGUUCGACUUUCGUCGUGGAAAAUUUGGUCCGGUCUAGUACCUUCCAGCAGCAACCAACCUGCACACAGUAACAAUAGCGACCUGUAUGGUUGUAAACCACCUUUUAUUGCAGAAGUAUAUAUGGAAUGCACAUAUAGGCAUCUCCUUGAAUUUGUGAUACACUGGGUGACCGACAGUAAUCAUUCCAUACCAUGAUACGCUGGUCUAUCAAGGAGACACUCUCAAUCCAGAUGGCCCAUAUCCUUCUCAACUCCAACAACUCAUUCUUACUACUAGAUAUAUGAAUACAA